CCUCCUCCAACUUGCCAUAGUGGCUUGCUCCGUGGGUCUCUCGACCCACCGAGCUUCUUCCCAAAAUUUAACCAGCUCCGCCCAGCCCCAACCCGGUGACGCCUGGGCGGGCGCGCGGGCCAGAAGAAACCAGGUCUACACGUUCUGGCUAAGUUGCCACGCGCUCCCGGGAGCCGACCGCCCGGAGUUGACUGGAAACGCCGAAAACUCUUCCAUGUCGCAGUGUGCCUACCCUGAGGAUGCAGGCUACCUCAAGUGUGACGUGGAUGAUGCCUCUGAAACCCAUGAGGAGAGCCUGGGGGAAGAGGCCUUCGACACCGUCAACUCCUCCAUUGUGUCUGGCGAGAGCAUCCGUUUUCUUGUCCACGUCAACCUCCAGGUGCAGCCCAGCCAGGCUGCCGAGAGUGAACUGCCUGAUGGCUGCGGGCUCCUGCACACCUCCCGAAAGUACCUGAAGUUAAAGAACUUCGAGGAAGAGAUCCGUGCGCACCGCGACCUGGAUGGCUUUCUGGAUCGGGCCAGCAUCAUCCUGAACGAGACGGCCACCUCCCUGGACGACGUGCUGCGGGCCAUGCUGCUGCGCUUAGUCCACAAGCCCGACAACACUGAGCCUGACUGCAACUUGGACCUGCUCAUGGCCGUGCUCUUCACUGAUGCCGGGACCCCCAUGGAGGGCAAAGCAGUCCACCUGCUGUCGGAUACCAUCCAAGGAGUCACGGCCACAGUCACAGGGGUGCAAUACCAGCAGUCAUGGCUCUGUAUCAUCUGUACCUCCAAGUCCCUACUGAAGCGGCACGUGUGCAUCAGCCGCCUGGUUCGCCCGCAGAACUGGGGGGAGAAUUGCUGUGAGGUGCGGUUCGUCAUCCUGGUACUGGCCCCACCCAAGAUGAAAAGCACCAAGACUGCAACAGAAGUGGGGCGCACAUUUGCCACCAUGUUCUUGGAUAUCACCUUCCGCCAAAAGCUUCUGAAGACCCGCACGGAGGAAGAAUUCAAGGAGGCCCUAGUACAUCAGAGACAACUGCUCACCAUGAUGGACCAGGAUCUGACCCCCAACUUAAAGAACUACAGCAUAAGCUCCAUCUGCAUCCAAAAAUCCCAUCAGCCCCUGCAGCACAAGGACUUCUUCCCUGUGGGGAAGGGCAUCCGGGAGGACUUCGCCCGCAGGUUCCCUGUGUAUUCACUGGACUUCACUGACGGCAUUAUUGGGAAAAACAAGGCUGUGGGCAAAUUCAUCACCACCACCCUGUUCCUCUACUUUGCCUGCCUCCUGCCCACGAUCGCUUUUGGGUCCCUCAACGAUGAGAUCACAUAUGGGGUCAUUGAUGUGCAGAAGACCAUUGCUGGGCAGAGCAUUGGAGGCCUCUUGUAUGCACUCUUCUCCGGGCAGCCGCUGGUCGUGCUGCUGACAACCGCGCCCCUGGCCCUCUACACCCACGUGAUCCGCGGCAUCUGUGAUGACUACGAUCUGGACUUCAACACCUUCUAUGCGUGGACGGGCCUGUGGAACAGUUUCUUCCUGGCCCUUUACGCCCUCUUCAACUUAAGCCUGAUCAUGAGUCUCUUUAAGAGGUCGACAGAGGAGAUCAUUGCCUUGUUCAUUUCCAUGACAUUCGUGCUGGAUGCUGUCAAGGGCACAGUAAAAAUCUUCCAGAAGUACUAUGGCAUCAGCCAUGGGAACCACGAUGCAGAUCACAUCUCCGUGCUGAGCCUGCUGGGUCUCGGCACCAGCCUCAACACCAGCUUCCACACUGCCCUCAACACCAGCCUCCUGGCCAACCCGCCGGAGCUGACCUCAGUGAGCAGCCGUUCUGCGGAGCACCCGAGCCGGGAGACUGCCGUGCUCAGCCUCCUUAUUAUGCUGGGCACGCUCUGGCUGAGCUACACCCUCUACCAGUUUAAGAAGAGCCCCUACCUGCACCCCUACAUGCGGGAGAUCCUGUCAGACUGUGCCCUGCCCAUCUCCGUGCUCACUUUCUCCCUCAUCAGCUCCUAUGGCUUCCGGGAAAUUAAGAUGAGCAAGUUCCGCUACAACCCCAGCGAGAGCCUGUUUAAGAUCGCUGAGAUGCAAUCGCUGUCCCUGGGGGCCAUUGGCAGUGCCAUGGGCCUCGGCUUCCUGCUCUCCAUGCUGUUCUUCAUCGAGCAGAACCUGGUGGCUGCCUUGGCUAACGCACCAGAGAACAGACUGGUGAAGGGCACGGCCUACCACUGGGACCUCCUGCUCAUUGCCAUCAUCAACACGGGGCUGUCUCUGUUUGGGAUGCCCUGGAUCCACGCUGCCUAUCCCCACUCCCCGUUGCACGUCCGGGCACUGGCUGUGGUGGAAGAGCGUGUGGAGAACGGGCACAUUUAUGAGACGAUCGUGAAUGUGUGGGAGACGCGGCUGACCACCCUGGGAGCCAGCAUCCUAGUGGGUUUCUCCCUCCUGCUGCUACCUGUGCCGCUGCAGUGGAUCCCCAAGCCUGUGCUCUACGGCCUCUUUCUGUACAUCGCCCUCACCUCCAUUGACGCCAACCAGCUCUUUGAGCGCAUGGCCCUGCUGCUCAAGGACCAGGCCUCGUACCCGCCCACCCACUAUAUCCGGAGGGUGCCCCAGAGGAAGAUCCACUACUUCACAGGCCUGCAGGUCCUGCAGCUGCUACUGCUCUGCGCCUUUGGCAUGAGCCCCCUGCCCUACAUGAAGAUGAUCUUCCCCCUCAUCAUGAUGGCGAUGGUCCCCAUUCGCUACAAGCUGUUGCCCCGAAUCAUUGAAGCCAAAUACUUGGACGCCAUGGAUGCUGAGCACUGAGCCUGACUGGCAGGCCCUGGCCAUCCCCCGUUUGCCCCUCCCUGUGGGUCUUCCCAGGCUGGCUCUGUGACUGUGUGGGGAAGCGUGGGUGUCUUUUGGGGUGUUGCUCUAUGCUGCACCCCCUCACAGCUGUCCCAAGGGGCCCAGGGCAUCUGGGCCCUGUGGGGGUUCUGUGGGGUGUGCCUGCACCUCUCCCCAUCAGCCUUUUGCUUUGGGUCAAGAACACUGCUCAGGGCAGCUUCUGUCCAGGGUGGGACUAAGCAGGAUGGAUUUUCUUUUGAUAAAAGAGUCAGAUGCCUGAAAGAGAAACCAUUUCCUUGAUUGUGUAAGGAACUCGCUGUACGCAUAUUAGAGAAUAAAGCUCCUAUUUCUAUGCUUCUA